CCCCAACGAGGGAGAGUGUGAGAGUGUGAUGACGAGUGACGGCUGGUAAACAAUGUGUGUGUGUUUUCAGUGGACGAGUUAAAGGGAAAGUGUGUGUGUGUUUUCAGUGGACGAGUUAAAGGGAAAGUGUGUGUCUGUGUGUGUUGUGGUCACCAUGGUCUUCCUCAGACGGAGGACGCUGCUUCGCUACCUGUUCCUGUCGGCCAUGUUGGCUCUGCUCCUCUUCAUCAGCUCCUUCUGGCUCCCUCAGGGUGGAGUCGGCGAGUGUGGCAGCGCCUGGCAGCCAUGUUUGAGUUUUUACCACCUCUCGCCUGAGCCUCCAUUGUUACCUGCAGAGAGGGUGGGGCCCAGCGAAGCCCCGCCCCUCAUAAAGGAGUGUCCUGGCCAAUCGUUUCAGGCCUGGCGUCUGCUCCAGUAUUUAAAGUCCAGCCUGGCGGACGCUGAUGACAUCCUGCUGGAGCCGUACCUGCAGAGCUGGGAUCAGCUCCUCAACUUCAUGGAGUCUCUCGGGACGAUGGUCAGUUUGUUCUCUCAGAAGGUGAAGGAGAAGGUCGUACUGAUACGAGAGCUGUCACUCAAACACAGCGCAGAGGCUCAUGGGAAACAUGGUCCGUCUGACAGCUCUGGACUAAAAAAAGGGGCGUAUCGCUCGGUUCGGUCCAUGGUGGGGGCGGAGCUAAAGGCGGGCUUGGUGGACUUCACCUGGCGAACAGAUUCAGGGUGCAGGAUGCUGCUGCGGCUGCAUCGAUCUCUGCUGUGGCUGAAGCUCAUGUUGGAGGGUUUGACUGAAGGACCGGACGCUGAAGGUCGAUACAAAACACCUGGAGAGCUGGGCAGGGAAGCCUACAAGGUGGCGUUGGCCCCCCACCACCCCUGGAUGCUGCGUCAGGCUGCAGAGUUCGUCUUCCUCGCCCUCCCAGACAGACAGUACUUCCUGCAGCUGGUGUGUGUGACGAACCAGGAGGAGGCUGUGCCCGUCCUGCAUACCAUCAUCCACGCCCUGAUGCUUGUGCACACACAGACCCAGCGAAUCCUGGCAGAACACAACAUGCUGGAACUGCCCUGAAUGCAGCACGUCGACGCCGUGACUGUACGCACAGAUAGAAAAGCUUCCUGUCAAUGUGCGGAGAGCUUCAAGGACAGAAACCACCAACAGACGACAAAAACACAACGUAAAACAGUCCAAGGUUGUGCCGACAGUGGUGGAGGAAAUAUUCAGGUCCGUCACUGCAGUGAAAAUACAACGCGUUCUGUUACAAGCUGACCUUUGACCUGGAUGUAAAAUGUCAUCACUUCAUUAUUUUAUCCUGUCAGACACUUGUGUCAAGUUUUGUCAUAAUUAGUGUUUGAAUUCUUCAGGUAUGGCCCAAAACAUGUUUUGUGAGGUCACACUGACCUUUGACCAUCAAAUUAUAUUUAGUUCAUCAUUGA